AACGGUGCCAGCGCUGUUAAGAAUAAUGACUUAGCCACCUACUAUAAGUCAGAAUCCGAUAUAGAUAUCAUUGUACUCGCCUUCUUGAACUACGAGCCUCGGCAAUAUGACACCCUAGCCGCGGCUAUCCAGCAAUGUCAGUUAAAUAGGAUUAAGGUGAUAUUGUCCUUAGGUGGUGUAUAUCUAAUUAGCAAAUUACGCUCUAAUUUCGCAUCUAACUCCUCUAGUACUUAUUAUAUAACUGCUACACCGCAGUGUUUUAUCCUAGAUCCUAAUAUACAAGAGGUCGUCACCGCGGCCCAAUUUGACUACUUAUAG